AAUCCAACAGCAAUCCCUCCAGUGUCAACUCUCCACCAAUAGAUCCAGAGCUGGGAAGCGGGUGAGCGAGCAAGCGCAGAGAUCAAUUCCUUCCUCUCUUGCAUUCGCUUGUUGGGACGAGGCUUGUUGACUCCAGUAGUGUUAUUGUGAAUUUUGCGAAGAUGGUGGGGGCUGCAGAGGAGACCCAAUUGAACAGGCUUGAAAACCAGGUCGACAAUGGUGGGGGAGGUGCUUGGGAGUAUCUCUGUCUCGUUCGGAAGCUUAAGGUUCGGCGUUCGGAAAAGGUUUUGAAGCAUGGCUUGUCUAUUUUGAACGAUACAAAGAAGCGAUCCAAACUCGGCGGAGACGAGUGGACUCUUUAUGAGCAGGUGGCUAUCGCAGCCAUGGACUGCCAAUGCCUCGAAAUUGCAGAGGAUUGUUUAAAGGCUCUUCAGAAGAAAUUCCCUGAGAGUACAAGAGUUGGUAGGUUAGAAGGAAUGUUGCUUGAAGCAAAAGAAUCAUGGUCAGAUGCUGAAAAAGUUUACUCAAGCCUUCUAGAGGAUAACCCACUUGAUCAAGUAGUCCACAAGAGGAGAAUUGCCAUGGCAAAGGGACAGGGAAAUAUUUCUGGUGCCAUUGAGUGGCUUAAUAAAUAUCUUGAAAUAUUUAUGGCAGACCAUGAUGCCUGGAGAGAACUUGCUGAAAUAUAUGUUUCCCUACAGAUGUAUAAGCAAGCGGUUUUCUGUUAUGAGGAGCUAAUAUUAUGUCAACCAACUGUUCCAUUGUAUCACUUGGCCUAUGCUGAUGUACUAUACACACUUGGUGGGCUAGAAAAUCUACAGACAGCUAAGAAAUACUAUGCCUCCACCAUAGAUUUGACUGGGGGGAAGAACACCAGGGCACUUUUCGGCGUUUGCUUGUGUAGUGUUGCAAUCGCUCAGUUGACAAAAGGGAGGAACAAGGAAGACAAAGAAGGCUUAGAGCUGCAAUCUCUUGCUGCAAUGGCCUUGGAGAAACACUACAAGCAAAGGGCUCCUGGGAAGCUACCUCUGCUUACUGCCACUCUUAGAAACUUGAAGCUCUAAUCCUGAUUCUACUACUGGGACAUCUCAUUAGCCUGCUUGCAGCAACAUUAAAAAGAAUCAUGUACUAGUCGUUGCAGAAAUGGAUGUGAAUUGCAAAAAAGCUUCUUUAAGUUUUGGUUUUUAUGCCCCCCUCCCUUUUUUUUGAUCUUUAUCUCUUCAUCUCACUUUAAUGUUGGGUUUUUCCCCCUCAAAACAUAAAAAUCUGCACUGGUAAUAUAUGGUAUGUGGUUUCUUUUUUAAC